CAAGAAAGGUUAAUGUCCCUGAACUCUACUGCCUUCUCCCACCCUCCCUAUUUCCUCCUCAYUGGUAUCCCUGGGCUGGAGGAGGAGCAGUUCUGGAUUGCCUUCCCCCUUUGCAUCAUGUACGGCAUCGUCCUGCUGGGGAACACGGCCCUCCUCCUCAUCAUCAAGGCAGAGCCCAGCCUGCACGAGCCCAUGUUCUUCUUCCUGGCCAUGCUGGCCUUCACUGACCUGGUCCUGUCCACCUCCAUACUGCCCAAAAUGCUCAGCAUUUUCUGGCUGGGCCCUGGGCAGAUUGGGUUUUCCUCCUGCCUCACUCAGAUGUUCUUCAUCCACGCCUUCUCCGCGGUGGAGUCGGGCGUGCUCACGGCCAUGGCCUUGGAUCGUCUGGUGGCCAUUUGCUGCCCGCUGAGGCACUCCAGCAUCCUCUCKGUGCCCGUGGUGGUGGCUCUGGGCAGCCUGGUGCUGGCACGGGGGGUGCUCCUGGUGAGCCCCAUUUGCCUCCUGCUCCACCAGAGACAUUUCUGUGGGCACACUGUCAUCACCCACUCCUACUGUGACCACAUGGCCGUGGCCAAGCUGGCCUGCGGGGACAUCAGCUUUCACGUCCUUUACGGCCUCAUUGCGGCUUUCCUGGUGACAGGGACUGACCUGGCAUUCAUCUCUGUGUCCUACAUCACCAUCCUGCGUGUGGUGGCCCRGCUGCCGUCCCGAACAGCCCGGCUGAAAGCCUUCAGCACCUGCAUGCCCCACGUGUGUGUCAUACUGGCCUUUUACACCCAUGGCCUCUUCACGGUCCUCACCCACCGCUUCGGGCACAGCAUCCCCCUCCCCGCCCGCAUCAUGGCAGCCAACCUGUACGUGCUGGUGCCCCCCACCCUGAACCCCCUCGUGUAUGGGCUGAGAACCAAGAAGCUCUGGGACAGGGUGGUCAUCCUCUUCCAGAGCAAGGGAACCUGA